AUGAGUGUGGUUGGGUUUGAUAUCGGGAAUGAAAACUGUGCUAUAGCAGUUGCGAAGAACGGCGGGAUUGAUGUGUUGCUGAAUGAUGAAUCAAAACGCGAGACGCCUGCUGUGGUCUCAUUUGGUGAGAAGCAAAGGUUCUUGGGUUCUUCAGGAGCUGCAUUUGCUACAAAGUUUCCAAAAUCAACUAUUUCUCAGAUAAAGAGAUUGAUCGGAAGAGAAUAUAAGGAUCCGAGUGUGCAAGAAGAGCUUAAGUUGCUACCUUUCGAGAUCACUGAGGGCCCAUAUGGUGGUGUUUUGAUCCAUUUAGAGUAUUUGGGUAAGACAUGGACUUUUACACCAGCGGAGAUUUUGGGGAUGUUGUUUGCACAUUUGAAGCAAUUAACAGAGAAGAAUCUCGAGUCCCCUGUUGUAGACUGUGUGAUUGGGAUUCCAUCGUAUUUUACAGAUUUGCAAAGGCGUGAGUAUCUUAAUGCUGCUUUUAUGGCGGGUUUAAGACCUUUGCAGUUAAUGCAUGAUUGUACUGCUGUUGCAUUAGGUUAUGGAAUGUACAAGACUGAUUUCUCUAUCGAAGGACCAACUAUUGUUGUAUUUGUAGACAUCGGGCACUCUGACACUCAGGUGACUUUUGCUGCAUUUAGAAAGGGAAGAAUGAGAAUAUUAUCACAUUCUUUUGAUCCGCACUUGGGAGGUAGAGAUUUUGAUGAAGUGUUAUUUAGACGUUUUGCAACACAAUUUAAAGAAGAACACGAUAUAGAUGUUUACUCAAAUGCUCGUGCUUCUAUAAGGCUUAGGGCGUCAUGUGAAAAGUUAAAGAAAGUUCUAAGUGCCAAUGCGGAAGCACCACUUAGCAUUGAUUGUCUGAUUGAUGAUAAAGAUUUGAAUGGAUUAAUAACGAGGGAAGAGUUUGAGAAUCUGUCACUAGAAUUGGUUGAAAGGGUUAGUGUUGCCUUCUGUAAGGCUGGAGAGGAUGCUGGUGUAAAGAUUGGUGAUAUACAUAGUAUUGAGGUUGUUGGUUCUGGGUCCCGCAUACCUGCUAUUAUGAGAAAGUUAACUUCAGUUUUUGGUAAACAACCAAUGAGAACAUUAAAUGGUAGCGAAUGUGUUGCUAGAGGAUGUGCUCUUCGUUGUGCAAUGCUUAGCCCAGCUUUUCGUGUUCAAGAUUAUAAGGUUCAGGAUUUAUUUCCCUACACAAUACGCUUAGAUGAUGAAGAAAACAAAAGAAAAACAGGACUUUUGCUUUUUCCCAAAGGCAGUCCAUUUCCAAAGGAUCAUAUUUUUGGUGUCCAUGUAGAUACUAUAUCAUAUUUUCAAGUCUUCUACACUAACAAGAAGGACUUCCCUGCUGGAAUAUCACCUCAUAUUGGUUAUUUCAUGGUGGGUCCAUCUGAAACCGCUGGUGAGGAAAAAGCAAAGGGAUUAGUGAAAGCGCAUCUUAACAUCCAUGGAGUUGUUGAAAUAGAACAUGCAGUGGAUGAAGAAGCAAGAAGGGGUUGGUCCAGGAGGCAGAGCAUUGCAGUUUCUGAGUUUCUAGAUGUUGCCAUGACAAGAGAUGAACUACAUGAAGCUCAAGAGAGAGAAGAGUUUUUGGAACAACAAGACAUAAAGGUGGAGCAAACUAAGGACAAAAGAAAUACCCUCGAGUCUUUCAUCUAUGACACUCGAAGCAAGCUUUUGAGUUGCUACCGGAGCUUCACCACAGAUUCAGAGCAGGAGAUCAUCUUAAAAAAUCUGCAAGAAACUGAAGAGUGGCUAUAUGAAGAUGGUGAUGAUGAAACUGAACAAGUCUAUAUCGGAAAGCUUGAAGAUCUCAAAGAGUUGUUGGAUCCAAUUGAAAAUAGAUACAAGGAUGAAAUGGCUAGAAAAGAAGCAAAAGAAGCUCUGCAAACUUGUAUUCAAGAAAAUCGUGAGGCUGCAGAUUUACUGCCCCCUAUGCAGAAAGAUGAGGUUAUCAAUGAGUGCAUUCAAGCUGAGCAGUGGUUGACUCAUAUUUCUCAACUACAUGAUUCAUUGGCCAAGAAUGCCAUCUCCAUAUACUGCUCAACUGCCAUUAGUGGAAUCACAGAAACUUUUAAGAGGAGGUGUGAAGUCAUGAUGAUAUCCAAACCUUCACUUCCCAAAUAUGAUGAACCCGUGGACUCUGAUGAAAAGCAUGACGAUCCAGAUGGCGUUCAAGAUGAUUGUGGAUAUAGAUCUCUUUAGAUUGGUGGGAUCAAACACAACAAUAUAUUCUAGUUUCCUCCAUGAUCUUUAGCUAGCUUUCUAUUUUGAAAACUUUACAAUGCAUUUGUAGGUUUUUGGCAAUUCAUAUAUUAUUAGAUUAGACAGUUCUAUUUUUGAAAACACCUUGG